UGAUCGCCAAUGCGCUGUGUCCCUCGGACACAGCGGAUCACGGAAAGAGCUGAAGAUGCCGGCUCGGUCAUGUGAUCAGCUGUGUCCAAUCACAGCUGAUCGCAUGGGACAUAUACACUGAUCAUCAGGGUACUGAAGUGCCACCUGUCAGUGCUCAUCAGUGCCACGUGCCCAUCAGUGCCACAUCCAGUGCCCAUCAUGCCAAUGCCACAUAUCAGUGCAUACCAGUGCACAUCAAUGCCACAUAUCAGUGCCCAUCUGAGCUGCCUUUCAAUGUCACCCAUCAGUGCCAGGCAGUGCCACCUAUCAAUGCAAAUCAGUGCCACCUAUCAGUGCUGCCAAUCAGUGCCACCUAUCAAUGCCAAUCAGUGCCACCUAUCAGUGCUGCCAAUCAGU